AUGGAAGAAUUAUCGCAGUUGGAAAGGAAGGUCAUUGUGGGGGGAGUCAAUCUCAUGGAAAAAGCUGAGGAGCAGGAACAUUUGUUAGAAGAGAGCGCUCGGAAUUUGGAAGAGAAACGAGUCCAGGAAGAGCUUUUAAGAAAGACUUUAAUGGCCAAGGAGGUAUAUAUCAGAAAUACUAUAAAAAAGCAAGAACGAUUGGAUAUUGAAGAAAAGUAUUCAUGCUUACAAGAGGAAGUCGAUUCGAAAACAAGGAAAAUUCAAAAGGUCUGGGAUUUAUUAAUGCAAGCAAAAUCUGAGGUUUUUUAA